CCUUGCACCUUCGCAACCUCUUCUCGGCCUCGCCUUCUUUGGCGUAACCCUGACGCAAAGCUGGGGCGGAGCUAUCCCCGGCAUCUUCCCGAGCCCCGGGCCACCUUUGCUCCAGAGAGUGCGCCUGCGCCGGCUCUGGAGUUCAGCUUCGCGAUGACUGCCAGCUCAGCCGAACAGCUGCGGAAGGAGGGCAACGAGCUGUUCAAAUGCGGGGAUUACGAGGGUGCCCUGACCGCCUACACCCAGGCCCUGAGUCUCGGCGCUACGCCCCAGGACCAGGCCAUCCUGCACCGAAACCGGGCUGCUUGCCACCUCAAGCUGGAAGAUUACAGUAAAGCAGAAUCGGAGGCAACUAAAGCCAUCGAAAAGGACGGUGGGGAUGUCAAAGCCCUUUAUCGACGAAGCCAAGCCCUAGAGAAGCUGGGCCGCCUGGACCAGGCUGUCCUUGACUUGAAGAGAUGUGUGAGCCUAGAGCCUAAGAACAAAGUUUUCCAGGAGUCACUGAGGAACAUUGGGGGCCAGAUUCAGGAAAAGGUGCGGUACAUGUCCUCAACAGAUGCCAAAGUAGAACAGAUGUUUCAGAUACUGCUGGACCCCAAAGAGAAGGGCACAGAGAAGAAGCAGAAGGCUUCUCAGAACCUUGUGGUGCUGGCCCGAGAAGAUGCAGGAGCUGAGAAGAUCUUCCGGAACAAUGGGGUUCAGCUCCUGCAAUGCCUGCUGGAUACAGGAGAGACUGACCUCAUGCUGGCAGCCUUGCGCACACUGGUCGGCAUUUGCUCUGAGCAUCAGUCGCGGACAGUGGCAACCCUGAGUGUUCUGGGAACUCGGAAAGUAGUCUCCAUCCUGGGUGUGGAGAACCAGGCCGUGUCGCUGGCAGCCUGCCACCUGCUGCAGGUUAUGUUUGAUGCCCUCAAGGAAGGCGUUAAGAAAGGCUUCCGAGGCAAAGAAGGUGCCAUUAUUGUGGAUCCUGCCCGGGAGCUGAAGGUCCUCAUCAGUAACCUCUUGGAGCUAUUGACUGAGGUGGGAGUCUCCGGCCAAGGCCGAGACAAUGCCCUGACCCUCCUAAUUAAAAUGGUACCCCGGAAAUCUCCGAAGGACCCCAACAACAGCCUCACACUCUGGGUCAUUGAUCAAGGUCUGAAAAAGAUUCUGGAGGUGGGGGGCUCCCUGCAGGACACUGCUGGGAAGCUCACAGUGACAGCAAACAGCCGCAUGAGCGCCUCCAUCCUCCUCAGCAAGCUGUUCGAUGACCUGAAGUGUGAUGCCGAGAGGGAAAAUUUCCACCGGCUCUGUGAGAACUACAUCAGGAGCUGGUUUGAGGGCCAAGGGCUGGCCGGAAAGCUGCGAGCCAUCCAGACAGUGUCCUGCCUUCUGCAGGGCCCAUGUGAAGCUGGCAACCGGGCCUUGGAGCUGAGUGGCGUCAUGGAGAGUGUGAUCGCUCUGUGUGCCUCUGAGCAGGAGGAAGAACAGUUGGUGGCAGUGGAGGCGCUGAUCCACGCAGCCGGCAAAGCCAAGCGGGCCUCAUUCAUCACUGCCAACGGUGUCUCCCUGCUCAAGGACCUAUACAAGUGCAGCGAGAGGGACAGCAUCCGUAUCAGAGCACUUGUGGGACUCUGUAAGCUUGGAUCCGCUGGAGGGACUGACUUUAGCAUGAAGCAGUUUGCUGAAGGUUCUACUCUCAAACUGGCCAAGCAGUGCCGAAAGUGGCUAUGCAAUGACCAGAUUGAUGCAGGCACUCGGCGCUGGGCAGUGGAAGGCCUGGCUUACCUCACCUUUGAUGCCGAUGUAAAGGAAGAAUUUGUGGAGGAUGAGGCUUCUCUGAAGGCUCUGUUCCAGCUCAGCAAGUCUGAAGAGAGGUCAGUGCUCUUCGCAGUAGCCUCGGCACUGGUCAACUGCACCAACAGCUACGACUAUGAGGAGCCUGACCCCAAGAUGGUGGAGCUCGCCAAGUAUGCCAAGCAGCAUGUUCCUGAGCAGCAUCCUAAGGACAAACCAAGCUUUGUGCGGGCUCGUGUGAAGAAGCUGCUGGCGGCGGGUGUGGUGUCAGCCAUGACAUGUAUGGUGAAGACAGAGAGUCCCGUGCUGACAAACUCCUGUAGGGAGCUGCUCUCCAGGGUCUUCCUGGCUUUGGUGGAAGAGGUGGAGGAUCGAGGUACCGUGGUUGCCCAGGGAGGAGGCAAGGCUCUGCUCCCACUGGCCCUGGAAGGUACUGAUGUUGGGCAGACAAAGGCAGCCCAGGCUCUUGCCAAACUUACCAUCACCUCUAACCCGGAGAUGACCUUUCCUGGUGAGCGGAUCUACGAAGUGGUCCGGCCCCUUGUCUCUCUGUUGCACCUCAACUGCUCAGGACUACAGAACUUUGAGGCUCUCAUGGCCCUAACGAACCUAGCAGGGAUCAGCGAGAGGCUCAGACAGAAGAUAUUGAAGGAGAAGGCUGUGCCCAUGAUUGAGGGCUACAUGUUUGAGGAGCAUGAAAUGAUCCGCCGGGCAGCCACAGAGUGCAUGUGUAACUUGGCCAUGAGCAAAGAGGUGCAGGAUCUCUUUGAAGCCCAAGGCAAUGACCGGUUGAAGCUGCUGGUGCUGUAUAGUGGAGAGGAUGAUGAGCUACUGCGGAGGGCUGCUGCUGGAGGCCUGGCUAUGCUCACCUCCAUGCGGCCCUCACUCUGCAGCCGCAUCCCACAAGUGACCACACACUGGCUGGAGAUCCUGCAGGCCCUGCUUCUGAGCCCCAACCAAGAGCUCCAACACCGAGGCACAGUGGUGGUAUUGAACAUGGUGGCAGCCUCCAGGGAGAUCGCCAGCACCCUGAUGGAGAGUGAGGUGCUGGAGAUUCUCUCAGUGUUGGCCAAGGGUGAGGAGAGCCCAGUCACCAGGGCUGCUGCAGCCUGCCUGGGGAAAGCAGUGGAAUACGGCCUCAUCCAACCCAACCAGAAUGGGGAGUGAGCAUUGGCCCUGGGCCCACACAGCUCAUGCAUCCGCCACUCGCCGCAGCACUGAGAGCCAGCACAGAAGCAGCUUUGGCCAGCAGGGCUGGGAUGUUGGACACUUACCUCUCUUCCACAGCUGCACUUUGGUGUUCUUUGCUCUGAGAGAUCACACACCGCACAGCCCUGCUCUGCCAGCACUCAGGAGGGGCCCCUGUAUCUAUAGUGAGCUGGGAAUGGGCAAAGCGAAUCGCAACUCAAGCCUGUGGAUUAUGGGCAUCAAGAAGGGCACAGCAGCAUCCUCACAAGCUGCGAGCACCACGAGAGCCUGCCAGCAGGCACGUCCCUUAAUAAAUCAUGUGGAACUGAA